UGUGUGUGUGUGUGUGUGUGGUGAGAGGCUCGCGAGCUCGUACGGCGCCCGUGUCCAUUACAUCACAUCACAUCAGGAACGGCGCGAGCACAGGAAGAUGGCGGACGGGGAGGCUUCGUUAAAAGGAGCCGGUUCUCGUACCGGGUCCGGUUCUGGUGACUCGGAAGAGCCUGUGCUGAAGAAAGCGCGGAUUAGUGUAUCUAAAAGCCGCGAUCCGGAUCCGACCCGCGGCGAGCAGAGCGCGGGAGAGCCGGAGCUCGCUGAGGGUCGGGCGGCCGAGGAUUUAACCCAGCCCGCGGAUCAGGAGCCGGGGAAGGCGGGGGUUGAGGCCGCGGCGCCGGGGGAACCCGCUGACGGACUGCUGAUGUCUGAGAACAGUAAACACGGUUCUAACAGCGAGCAGACUCCCGAACCCGCGGCGGAACACGAGCUCUCAGGGGUAAUCGACGGCAGUGUCCGCCCAAAUGGGUUUUACUCUCCUAAUAUUAAUGAUGAAGAUGAUGAUGACUGCUCUUCUCAUGCCAGCUCCAGUGACUGGACUCCUCAGCCUCAGAUUGGUUCCUACCGUUUCAUUCAGCAGCACAUCAUGAGAGAGACCGACCCGAGGACGAUUUUGAAAGACUUACUUCCAGAAACUGUUCUUCCACCUGAUCUAGACGACAUGACACUGUGGCAGAUUAUCAUUAAUAUUUCUGAGCCUCCUAAAAGAAAGAAACGCAAAGAUAUUAACACCUUGGAGGAUGUCGUCAGACUGCUUAAUGAUGGCAAAAAGAUACUUGUCCUAACUGGAGCAGGGGUAUCUGUUUCUUGUGGAAUACCCGACUUCAGAUCCAGAGAUGGAAUUUAUGCUCGACUUGCUGUUGAUUUUCCAGACCUUCCAGAUCCUCAAGCAAUGUUUGAUAUUGACUACUUCAGAAGGGAUCCUAGGCCAUUUUUUAAAUUUGCAAAGGAAAUCUACCCGGGGCAGUUUCAGCCAUCGCUCUGUCACAGAUUCAUCUCAAUGCUGGAUAAAAAGGAAAAGCUUCUGAGGAACUACACCCAAAACAUUGACACUCUGGAGCAGGUCGCAGGGGUCCAGAAGAUUAUACAGUGUCAUGGUUCCUUUGCGACAGCUUCCUGCCUCGUCUGUAAACACAAGGUUGAUUGUGAGGCUGUAAGAGAAGAUAUAUUUAGACAGGUCGUUCCGCACUGCCCAAAAUGUCCCGAUAUCCCUUUUGCUAUAAUGAAGCCAGACAUCGUGUUCUUUGGAGAGAAUCUUCCAGAAUCGUUUCACAGAGCCAUGAAGCAGGAUAAGGACGCAGUGGAUCUUCUGAUUGUGAUUGGAUCGUCUCUGAAAGUGCGGCCUGUUGCUCUGAUCCCAAGCUCCGUUCCUCAUGAUGUGCCUCAAGUUCUGAUAAACCGUGAGCCGCUGCCCCACCUGAACUUCGACGUUGAGCUGCUGGGAGAUUGUGACGUUAUUGUUAAUGAACUGUGUCAUCGACUGGGCGGCGACUUCCAGCAGCUCUGCUACAACUCCUCCCCCCUCACUGAAAUCACAGAGAAACCCCCGCCCCCUCCACCUGUCGCACCUGAACACCCUGACGCUGAAACCCAGUCACCUGAGGUUCUAGAUACAGAAGACUCUGUAACAGAGAAGUGCGACGCGGUCACUGAGGUUCCCGAGAUGGUCCGAGUCGUGGGUUCUGGUUCGGAGCCUGGGCUGCUGACGGAACCCACUGACAGAGACAGUAAUGAAGCCCAGUCUGCAGCUGAGGGAGCGAGGUCCAGUCCGGAGAGAGAGAACCUGUGUUUAGUGACUGAUAAAGACUCGAGCCCGGGUCCAGAAAGCUCCGAUACUCACCAGAAUACACCUACAGAAACAGCUGGCACUAGUCCACAUGCACACCACCAUAAGCAGGAGGAGAUGGAGAGAUUAAACACAGAAAGUGAGGAGGAAUCUAAACACACCAGUCCCAGUGCUGAAAACCGGAAACGGUGCUGGUUUAGCCGAAUACACAGAAGUCCAAUUAGUAAACGUCUUGGAGCGUGUCAGUUCCUGUUUCAGGCUCCAAAUCGCUACAUCUUCCACGGGGCGGAGGUAUACUCCUGCUCGGAGGACGAGACGUCCAGUUCCGGGGACAGCGAGUCCUGCUGCAGUCGGGACGUAUUGGAGGAGGACAGCGAGGAGGAGGAGGAGCAAUGUGCAGCGCAGGAUUAUAUACAGGAAGAGGACGUUGUUAAAGAGACAGUAUCCGAAGACAAAUCCACUUCCAGCGUCCACACAGACCGAACCGCACCGCAUCUACACUCCUCCACCACAGACUCGUGAACCCGGCUAACCGGAUCAGCACUGUGUAUAUUUACUGUGCUCGGUUCUGUCUUAGACUGUAUAUUUUUGUACUCCCAUCCCUUCUCCUGUUACAGUGUUCUCUAAAUGCUUGAGACAACAAAACAGAUAUUUUUACUGUAUAUAUGAGCAGUUUCCAUUAAAGAUUUAAAGUUAAAUUUGA